UUUUACCAUGAUUGAAAAAAGUAACUGAUAUUUCAAAAACAAAAUCAAUACAACGGUUUUUUCCUUUAUAUUUUUUUUAAGUCAAUGAAUGCGCAGAAUCUUUUUCCAUAUGAAACCCAAACAAUCUAAAUUUUCUUUGCUAUGACAACCUUUCGGGGAUAUCACAAUAAUACUUUCCACAAAUAUUCGUGUUUGAGAUUCCUAAAAUUAAAAAAAAAAAAAUGUUUUUAGACAAAUCCACGAGUGAAAAAACUGAAUCAAUUCAAGAAAUUGCAAUAAAAUUACUCGAAGAACAAAUUCGAGUACUUGAAAUUGAUAAUGAUCCAAAAGAACGAACUAUUUUUAUCCUUGGGAGCAAAGGAGUGGGAAAAUCAACAGCAAUAAAUUCAUUUUUUGAAAAAGAAGAACUAGUCCGACCAACUUUGGCCUUGGAAUAUACUUAUGGAAAGCGAACAAGUUCUACUCAAGGAAUUCAAAAACAAAUUCUACAUGUUUGGGAAUUGGGUUCAUUGGAGAAUUCAGAACAACUCAUUGAUGUUCCAUUGAGAUCACAUGGAGCUAAUAAUUUUGCAGUAAUUCUUUUUAUAGAUUUAUCACAACCCAAGACAUUGUGGCUUGAUUUGGAUAAUGCAUAUAAAGGUUUGAAAAAUGCCUACACAAAUCUACUCAAUGAAACGGAAUUGGCUGUAUUUAUGGAAAAAAGUAUCGAACGAGUGGGAAAAGAACACUCUGAUCAAUCUAUUAUGAUGGAUUUGUUUCCAUUUCCUCUGAUCAUUGUGGGUGGGAAGUAUGAUAUUUUUAUGGAUUUUGAUCCUGAACUAAAGAAACACAUUUGUCGGUGUCUUCGUUCAAUGGCUCACGUGUUGGGCGCCAGUUUACUCUUCUACUCCAAGCAAAUACCAAAACUUGCAAAAACAAUGAGAGACACUAUAAGUCAUUUGGGUUAUGGAAGUCCAACGCAACCUUUUCGAAGUGUUAAUAUUGACUAUAAUGCACCACUUUCUGUAUGGUUUGGAUCUGAUAAUUGGGAUCAAAUUGGUACGAAUCCGAAUUCAAUUGAACAAAUUGGUUUGAUAUAUUGUCAAGAAGUUCCACAAACAGAAAAUACAAAUUCCAAUGUGAUAAAUGAUCCAGCUAAAGAUCCAGGAUUUCAGGAGAGUAUAAUAGAUGAGUUGAGAGAACAAAAAAAUCAAGAAUUAGCUGCACUUAUUAAGGAGAAUGAAAUGAGGGGAAAAUUUGAAACUAUCGAUGGUUGAGUUAAUAAUUU